AAAAAAUUGUCACCAUGACAACGUCUUGUCACCUGUUGCUCGGCAGCGACCAAUACAAACACGGACAUUGUUUUUAUUUAACGUUUAUUCUAUACAAUAAACACUAAUUAUGGACGUUAAGAAUCUAGAAACGUACGCUAUCAUUGGAUUCGAUGGGUCGGCCAUUAGAGGUUUGAAAGUCCAUCCCGACUGUGCCCAUAUCGUGUAUCCUAUGGGAAACAAGGUAUGCAUCCAGGAGUGGAAGACGAAAAAGAUGUACUUCCUCAGCGGGCACACAAACAGCGUGUCGACAGUCGCCGUGUCUCCAAAAGGGACUUAUGUUGGCUCUGGACAGAUCAAUCACAUUGGAUUCAAGGCCUCAGCAAAGCUCUGGGAUUUUAACAAGAAGACUUUGAUUGGGAGUCAUGAGUUGCAUAAGGUACGUGUAGAAGCGCUGACAUUCUCAUCGGACGAGCGCUACAUGAUCUCGCUGGGUGGACGCGACGACGGGUGCGUGGUGCUGUGGGACUGCGCGGCCGGGGCUGCGACAGGCACCGCGGCCGCCGCCAAGCUCACCACUGGCGACGCCAUGACACUCACCCCGCUCAAUCUGAGGGUCAACUCAUUUGUCACAGGCGGAGAUUCAAAUCUGCGCGUGUGGAACAUCCGCGCGGCGAGCAAGAAUUUGGACGUGGUGGACGUGUCGUUGGGCAAGCUGCGCAGGAGUGUGCGCUGCAUCGCCAUUAGUAAAGAUGACGCGUACGGAUAUGCUGGGACUACCACUGGAGACAUGAUAAAAUUCUCAAUAAACUACCCGCCGGAUCCGAUGGAGUCGGUCGCGCAUUGCAAGCCAGCAUUGCUGGGCUGCCUCGCUAAAUGUGGACCAUGGAAGAAAGGCAGGAAACCGGAAUCGCUGUGCUACAGUCAAGGAAUUGAAUCGAUUUUAAUAAUGGACGACGGGUGUCUGAUCGUGGGCGGCGGCGACGGCACCGUGGACCUUCUCGACGAGAUCAACUGGACCGGACCCUUCCCCAAGGGCAAGAUACUCGAUCCGAACAAGCCCCAUUUUAAAGCAUUAAAAUCCGCCAAGCUCAUAGGCAGCAUAACUUCUCUAGAGCUGAUGGAGUCCCCUACGUUAGCGGGUGACAAGCGGGUGCUCCUGGCCGGGACUCGAACCAGUGAGAUCUACGCCAUCAACAUCGCUACGUUUGUUCCCGUACUGGUCGUCACGUGCCAUCGAUGUGCUAUUAAUGACGUCGCUUUCCCCAGGGGCAUGUCUGGAGUGUUCGCAACAGCCGGCGCGGGAGACGUCCGCGUGUGGUGUCUGGAGACAUGCCAGGAGCUGCUGCGCAUCGUCGUUCCGAACUUCACUUGCUCCUCUGUCCUGUUCUCGGGAGAUGGGAAGUCUAUAGUCUCGGCAUGGAACGACGGGUGCAUCAGGGCGUUCACUCCGCUGACGGGGCGGCUCAUCUACUGCAUCUACAACACGCACAACAAAGGCACCUCCGCCAUCGACAUGACGCAUGACGGCAGGACGCUCAUAUCCGGUGGCUGCGAGGGACAGGUGCGAGUCUGGGACAUAAAACCUGAAUGUCAGAGUUUGAAGAAAGUGCUAAAGGAACAUAAAAGUCCGGUGUCCGCUAUACAAGUGUCUCCAAAUGACACGGAGGCGGUCAGCGCCGGGACAGAUGGCUCCUGCAUUAUCUGGGAUCUCAUUUCCCUGUCCCGCCGCCAAGUGAUGUACGCGAACACGCUGUUCAUGUGCGUGUGCUUCGAGCCGCGCGGCUGCCAGCUGCUCACGGGCGGCUCCGACCGGCGCGUCGCCUACUGGGAGACCGGCAGCGGGAACCUCGCCAGAGAGUUGGAAGCGAGUAAAAUGGGAGCCAUCAACGGUCUCCAUAUAACGCAAAACGGUGAACUCUUCGUCACCGGCGGCAACGAUCAAAUGGUGAAGCUGUGGAAGUACCAGGAGGGCAUAUACACGCACAUGGGUCUCGGGCACGCGGGCGCGGUGACGUGCUGCCGGUUCAGUCCGGACGCGCGGCACGUCGUCAGCUGCUGCGCUGCUGGGAGCAUCAUCGUGUGGAACAUGCCGGAGCAAUACAUCCAAAAAGAUCAGCCCGCUAGUGGCCGGCAGAGCGUCAGGGAAUCACCGAAGACAUUACAAGAAGAGCUCAAACUACCACUGUCAGAUAAACCCACACAAAAAGCUUCUGGCGAUAGACCGAAUAGAAUUCCAGCUGCUCCAAAUAAGGUGGAAAAGAUCCAAGCUAUGGACACUAGCCGUAGCAGUGUGCACUCGUGCUGUCCGUGUGAAGUGACCGCGCGGUCUGACAAGAGUAAGAAAAGUACUCCACCCGCUACAGGCGGCAGCAAAUGUUGCAGACCUCCUGUUGCAGAUAAUCUACCGACGAGGACUACAAGCAAGGAGUAUGUCAGCGGCGGCGGGGAUAGAAAAUAACAUUGCCAAAUAUUGAACUUUAUCAAGACUGGUUUUGUAAUUUCAUAGUAUUUAUUAAACUAUUUUAAUUUUAUACUGGGUUAUAUAUGACAGUUUAUGGAAGAUAGUUAGCAUAAGGUUCUGUUAUGCUAACAAGCAUUUCUAAAGAAAACAUGCAUUCUGAUUAUAAAUAAUUAUUAUUCCAUUUAUAUAAAAAAUUUACAGAUAUAUCACACUUCAAAUGCAUUGAAUAUUAUCAUUCCUUAUAUCACUAUAAUUCUACAUAAUAGAUUCAUUGACUUUAUUUAUUAAUAAAAAAAAAAAACAAAUUAAGUUGCUCUAUAACCACCAUUUUUAAUAAACAUUCCAAUAGCUUUUUUCAUUCUAUCUCAAAAAUGGACCAAUCAGAACAAAAAAUUGACAUGCUUCAGUGGCGAAGGGUGAAAAUU